GGGGGGAGGAAGCCGGCUUCCUGAAGCCUCCUCAGCCCUCAAAGACAGACCGACAGACAGACAGACAGACAGCCGGCAAGAGGCGCCUGGGGGACGCAGCUGCUUCCGCUGCAGCCAUCCGGGUGCCCCUGCAGAGGUCCUGGCCUUCCCAGGCUGAAAACACCCCAGUGAAAACAGAGGUGCCAGAGGGCAGAAGGCCGGCCUGGGCCCUGAAGCCUCCCCUGGCCGGCCAGGCAGCCCAGAGGUCAGAGCUCGGGGUGGAGCGAGCCUCCCCUGGGCCAGCCCCCCAGCAUGGUCCAGGCCCGCGGGGGGCGCUCCAGAGUUCCGCCGCCGCCCUGUCGCCUCCCCCUUCGCCUCGAGGCAGCCAUGACCCAGCCUCCGCCUGACCAGGCUCCAGCCAAGAAGCACGUGCGGCUGCAGGAGAGGCGCGGCUCCAAUGUGGCUCUGAUGCUGGACGUGCGGUCCCUGGGGGCCGUGGAGCCCAUCUGCUCGGUGCGCACGCCCCAGGAGGUCACCCUGCACUUCCUGCGCACGGCCGGGCACCCCCUCACCCGCCAGGCCCUGCAGCACCAGCCACCCAGCCCCGAGCAGCUGGAAGAGGAAUUCCUGAAGAUCCCCUCAAACUUCGUCAGCCCCGAAGACCUGGAUGUUCCGGGCCAUGCCUCCAAGGACCGAUACAAGACCAUCUUGCCAAACCCCCAGAGCCGCGUCUGUCUGAGCCGGGCACAGAGUCAGGAGGACGGAGAUUACAUCAACGCCAACUACAUCCGGGGCUACGGCGGGAGAGACAAGGCCUACAUCGCCACCCAGGGCCCUAUGCCCAACACUGUGUCCGACUUCUGGGAGAUGGUGUGGCAGGAGGGGGCGUCCCUCAUCGUCAUGCUGACUCAGCUCCGAGAGGGCAAGGAGAAAUGCGUCCACUACUGGCCCACAGAAGAGGAGACCUACGGGCCCUUCCACAUCCGCGUCCAGGACGUGAGAGAGUGCCCGGAAUACUCCGUGCGGCAGCUCGCCAUGCAGCACCGGGGGGAGUGCCGGUCAGUGAAGCACAUCCUCUUCUCGGCGUGGCCUGACCACCAGACGCCAGAAUCGGCCGCGCCCCUGCUACGCCUGGUGGCCGAGGUGGAGGACAGCCCAGAGACGGCUGCCAGCACUGGGCCCAUCGUGGUCCACUGCAGCGCAGGGAUCGGCCGGACAGGCUGCUUCAUCGCCGCCCGCAUCGGCUGCCAACAGCUGAAGGCCCGAGGGGCAGUGGACGUUCUUGGCAUCGUGUGCCAGCUGCGGCUGGACAGGGGGGGCAUGAUCCAGACGGCGGAGCAGUACCAGUUCCUGCACCACACCUUGGCCUUGUAUGCUGCCCAGCUGCCAGAGGAGCCCAGCCCCUGACCCUGGCGCCCGCCCGGGCCCAGGGCCGCGUCCCAGGGCCUGGGAAGAGGCCCCCGUGGACACGAGGGGCAGUCCCCCAUGUCCCCCCGAGCUUAAAGCUGGCAGGUGACCGUUACAACAGAGCUGGGAAAGAGGCCCGGGUGGCCUGGUCCCUGAAACGCCGUGUGAGCCUCAGUCUUCCUCGGACGUGGACAUCAGGUGCUCUGCUGCCAACGGGGGAGAGCCACCAGAGGCGCACCUAGAAGCCACUCCAGCUGUACCCCCUGCCCGGGGCUGGCAAGAGAAUGACCCCACCGUCCCCUCCACCCCAGCCCAGCCCGAGAACAGGCCCACGGCCCGAACUGGGGAAAGCCUGGUGCUACCUUGGCUAAGUCCUCAGCCUCCCAGCAGGGACUCUGCCUCCCCACACCACACCUGUGAGGCUGGAUACCCGCCAAAGAGAGCAAGGACCGGCCUACCCCUGGGCCCACACGUGUGUCCGGGGAGCAGGCUGCAGAGCUGACCCAGCCAGACAGACGCAAUCUCUGGAAGAGGGACAGUGUGGGGAUCUCCCGGAGACCCCUUGGAGGCCCAGACAGCUGCCCCUGCCUCCUUAACGGCCGGGCCCCGCCUCGCUGUUCCCCAGGGAGGCCCAGUAUCCCCUGCCUGCCUUUGGGCCUCAGAAGGGACCCUGAGUACCCAGGAGCACACAGGAAACAAGCAAGGCGCUGAGAGCGCUGCCUGGCUUUAGGUACGCAGCCCCGCCACGGCCUCCUCCCUGCAGAGCACGCCUGGACGGCUGCAUGUUUCCGUGAGCCACCUGGGUUAGACUACCUACGGGGACCGGCGGGCUCCGGCUGAACUGGGACGCCCCAUCGUCUACCUUGGAGGGCUAAUUCCCCUCCGCACCUCACGGCAACACAAUGUCCAGGGCCCCCAGGCCUAUCUCAGGGCUGACCACCACGCACCAGGGAGGCAUCCCAACCCUUCGUCCUUGAAUCGCAGAAGGGCCGCCCACGGGGAGGAAGGCAGGCGCAAGCCCUCCAGGCGCUCGGCCGCUGGGGGCUGCCUUUGCCGGUGCCAGUUCUCCGAGGAACCUCUCGAGGAGCCGGGUUCCAAAGAACAGGUGGCUUCUCCCUCAGACAGAGCUUCUGGAACACAUGCCACGUUGGAACCGAGGGCGACUUCCUUAACGUUUCUGGCGGGCCGCCUUCCUCACCACCGGGGAACGGGCUCACCCCCUCCUGAAGCUCUCCUGCCCUGCGAGAGGCACUGAUGGUGCCCACGGAGCUGGGCACAGGGCUAUCGGGCUCCUGGUCCUCCGUGAGCUCAGUCCCCGCAGGAGGAAAGCCACCGCCCCGGGCGGCAGGCUCCCCUCCCACGCAGUCGCCGCAGCCCUGUUCCAGAGCUGGAGGACGGGCUCCGGAGAGUGACCGGGUGGGGAAAUAAAGACGCGGAUGACUGAGUCACUCCUUCUUUCCCUCUUCUUUUCAGGCCUCUGGCGCCUCCUUCAGCAGGCUUGUAGACGGAGUGGGAAUCCAGAGACCAGGGACAGGCUGCGCUCCUUCACUGGGGGCGUGUACUUUCACAGCCCUUCCAGCACACGGGACCCCAGUGGCACUGCAGUCAGUCUGGGAAACGGGCAGAGGUGCUCCUUAGGAGCUGGAGAGGGACUGACAAAGGGUCGGGACCAGAAAGGCCGCAUAACUUCGUAACAAUAACCAGGAUAUUCCGCUGCGCCGGGACUUUGAGACUCCUCCCUUCGGCAACGGAUGGUUCGGGGGCACCUUGGGUGGGUCUGGCAGAUACGGCUGAUGUUCACAGUUCACACACCUCUG